GUUUACUGAUUUUUGUUUUGUCCAGGUUGUUGCCGUGGUGGUAUAACAAGUCAUUGGUCAUGUGAUCGAAAUUACCCAUAUGACAUCAUUCACGUCUCACUUCGACGCUGUAUAACACACACAUACGGUGUAUAGCGUUUUCGUGCUUUUAUGCUACCAUACACAGACCGUAUCGCGAUUACGGUGCUGACAAAAAUAAGAUCGUCGCGGGCGUUUGGUGACCAUGGAAACGGCCACAGAUGCAGUUCCAUUAAGUUGUGUCUCUAAAAAGCGCAACAAUGUGGUCGACAGUCAACGACGUAAACCAGACAAGACUGAGAAUCAAAAUUGUGCUUGUAGCGAUGAAGUAGAUACCAUAUGUAAUUACAACAUGGAACACCCACGGAGGGGAUGCGCAAUAAUCAUCAAUAACAAAAAUUUCGAAAAUAUGGAACAGCGUAACGGAACGGAAGUGGAUGCACACAGUCUGAAAACAACAUUAGACAAGCUGGCAUUUGACGUGGUUGAACACACCGACUUGAGUAAAGAUGACAUGGUGGCAACUAUAAAGCAAAUAUCACAGUCUGAUCACAGUGAUUGUGAUUGUUUAGUGGUCGCCAUUUUAAGCCACGGUAGUGACGCAGAAGUAUGUGGUACAGAUGGAAAGAGUGUGGAUGUUGAUAGCUUAACAGAAUAUUUCCAUGGCGACAAAUGUCCAAGUCUUGUGGGGAAGCCCAAACUGUUCUUUAUCCAGUCAUGUCGAGGUCAAAAGCGUGAUGAUGGCGUGCCUCUCGAGUCAGACGGAUCAGAGGAACCGGACUCGUGUACUAAGCCCCAACAACGUACCCCAAGAGCAGCCGAUAUACUGGUAUUCCACAGUACUGUGCAAGGUAAAACAUUAAUGAAUGCUGGGAUAUCACCAAAGAUUACGUUAUUUCUAAAAUUUAAAGCAUUUGGGCUUACAGCCAACUUCAUAUAG